UUCGCAUUUUGCAUUUUCGCAGUCAAAUCCAGAAAAUUGCAAUUUCCCGUAAAUUUUACUUACAUCUUCAAUACGGUGGAAUCUUGAGUUUAUCAUAUGUAAUUUGAGUCAGCAUAGAAAUAGCUUUGCCAAAAAACUUCGGUGUAUUAUUUGUAAGACGUUGAGAGCAUCGCAAAGAGUCUGCAAAGCUCCCGGAUAUUGUUAUGGAUAUUGGUGAAUUAUUGGCUUACAAGCCUGAGCAAACGCCAAAACGCAAGAGCGAUGAUGAUCCUGAUACGGACGAGACGGAGCCUCCAACGCCGGAACGCCCUUCGAAGCUGAGAAAGACGUCUUAUGAUUUUCCCGAUACGCCCACUCGUGAUCAGAAUGCAGCACGGGAAGAGUCUUUCAGGCAGCCUGGCCAGGCGGAAAUAGAGAAACUGAACAUCAUGCGAUAUGUGGAAACUGAAGCUGCCGAUGUGGACAUCCUGAAUGAGGCGGGCUUAAGGAAAUUGGUGCUGAUCUUCGAGAAGCGUGUUCUGAGGAAUCAGGAAAUGAGAAUUAAGUUUCCGGAGAAUCCCGAGAGAUUCAUGGAGACGGAACUUGAGUUGCACGAAGUGUUGCAGCAACUGCAUGCCAUAGCCACUGUUCCGGACUUGUAUCCUCUCUUUGUGGACUUGCACGCUGUGCCGAGCCUUCUCGAGCUUCUAGCGCACUCUAAUACAGACAUCAGCGUGACGGUAUGCGAUUUGCUACAGGAACUCACGGAUGUGGACAUUUUGCACGAGAGCAUCGAAGGAGCGGAAGUGCUGAUCGAGGCGCUGAGGAAGCAGCAAGUCUGCGCGCUUCUGGUGCAAAAUCUAGAGCGCAUGGACGAGACGGAGAAGGAGGAGUCUAAGGGUGUUCAUGAUACUCUAGGCGUGUUUGAGAACCUCAUGGAGAUCAAGUCGGAAGUGUGCGUGGAGGCGGCAAAUCAGGGUCUGAUGCAGUGGAUCCUCAAGCGGCUAAAGGCCAAGCUGCCCUUCGAUGCCAAUAAGCUAUAUUGCAGCGAAAUUCUCUCGAUUUUGAUUCAAGAGAGCAAGGAGAAUCGCCUGCUGCUCGGCACUCUUGAUGGAAUCGAUGUGCUGCUUCAGCAACUGGCCGUGUACAAGCGCCACGAUCCGGCCACAGUGGAGGAGCGGGAAUUCAUGGAGAAUCUGUUCAACAGCAUGUGCUCGGCUUUGAUGGCAGCUGAAAAUAGGGAGAAGUUCCUGAAAGGCGAAGGUUUGCAAUUGAUGAACCUGAUGCUGCGGGAGAAGAAACUCUCUCGCAAUGGGAGUCUGAAAGUGUUGGAUUACGCCAUGUCUGGUCCCGAUGGCAAAGACAAUUGCAACAAAUUCGUUGAGAUUCUGGGCCUGCGGACGAUCUUCCCGCUCUUUAUGAAGACCCCGAAGAGAAACAAGAAGAGACUGCUGGGCACGGAUGAAUAUGAGGAACACGUGUGUUCGAUUAUCGCCAGCAUGCUGAGGAACUGCAAGAGUGGCCAAAGACAGCGGCUUCUGUCCAAAUUCACAGAGAAUGACUUUGAAAAGGUGGAGCGUCUGAUGGAGUUCCACCUGAAAUACUUGGCCAAAGUGGAGGCGAUUGACGAGAAGCUCGAGGAAAACCCGGACGAAGUGGAGGAUACAGAUGCAAACUAUCUCACCCGGCUAUCGGGUGGUCUUUUCACACUCCAGCUUGUCGAUUAUAUCAUCUUGGAGAUUUGUGCCACCAACGAAACCGUGAAGCAACGCGUUCUCAAGAUCCUCAACAUGAGGGGUCAGGAGAUGAAGAUCAUCAGGCAGGUGAUGCGAGAGUACGCGGGCAAUCUAGGCGACGCCGGAGACAAGGAGUGGCGCGAUCAAGAGGAAGCGCACAUCAUUCAGCUUGUGGAUAGAUUUUAGAAGAAUAAAUAUGCUUUUCG